GUUACUUUUUCUCUUCCAGAUUGACCCCUGGUGGUGGCAUUUAAACAUAGUGGCAGGGACUCGGAGAGUGCCGAGCAGGGAAGAGCGCAAUGCAGAAAAUGGCAGCCACUGCAACUUACCCACCACCACCACCAUUCUACAAGCUUUACAAGGAUUACCUCCAAGACCCUAAAUCGGCUCCUGAACCUCCUCCUCCUAUCCAAGGAACAUAUGUGCUUUUUGGUGGCAACUAUGCGACCGAGGAUGUCCUUCCAGGCUUGGAAGAUCAAGGAGUUCGUCAGUUGUUUCCGAAAGGACCUAAUAUAGAUUUCGAGAAGGAACUGAAAUCUCUAAAUAGAGAACUUCAGCUACACCUUUUGGAGCUUGCAGAUGUACUUGUUGAAAGGCCUUCACAAUAUGCAAGGAGAGUGGAGGAUGUAUCUCUUAUAUUUAAGAACUUACACCAUCUCCUCAAUUCAUUGCAUCCUCACCAGGCCAGAGCAACACUAAUUCACAUACUAGAACUUCAGAUACAACGUCGUAAACAAGCCGUGGAAGAUAUAAAAAGAAGAAGAGAAGAGGCACAAAGACUGCUCAAAGAAGCUCUUGCAACCUUAGAUGGCUAUUAGCUUGCAUUGUAUUCCAGCCCUUGGACCAUGCAAAUGUUGCACAAAUGUUCGAACUGCUGUAGCUGAACACCACUUGAUAUUUCAUAUCAAUCAAU